GUGAUUGAGUGCUCCGCUGUGUAGUCUCUCAAAAGAAAAAAUGUUGCUGCUUCGUUUCUAGUACAAUCUUACGUUUUAUUUAACAUUUCCAAGUGCCAGAUUGAAUCGACCUGCACCCCUGCCUACUGUGUGAUUGACGUGUGCUCGAUGAGGCCUGGCCCUGGCCAUGGCUGCUGUGUCCUGGAGAGAGACCAUUCUGUUGGCUGGGCUGGUGGUGAGCUGUUACUGGAACAGUUUGUCCUGUGGUUUUGUGUUUGACGAUGUUUCUGCCAUCCUCGACAACAAAGACCUGAGACCUUCCACUCCCAUCAAAAACCUCUUCCUCAAUGACUUCUGGGGCACGCCGAUGGCUGAGGAGCGUAGCCACAAGUCGUACCGGCCGCUGACAGUGUUGACCUUUCGGCUGAACUACCUGUGGAGCGAGCUCAAUGCCGCCUCCUAUCACCUCCUGAAUGUACUGUUGCAUGUGGUGGUGUGUGUUCUGUUCCUGCGCGUCUCUCGGCUUUUCCUGGAUCAUAAGUAUGGUCUAGUGGCUACGCUGCUGUUCGCUGUGCAUCCUAUCCACACAGAGGCUGUGACAGGUGUGGUUGGGCGUGCAGAGCUCCUCUCCUCCAUCUUCCUCUUGGCUGCAUUUCUGGCGUACACCAAGUCCACCAGCCCAGAUCAUUCCAUAGUGUGGAGCCCCAUCGCCCUGACGGUGGUCCUGGUUGCCGUGGCGACGCUGUGUAAAGAGCAGGGCAUCACUGUGGUGGGGGUCUGCUGCGUCUACGAGGUCUUCGUCGCUCAGGGGUUCACGCUCCCUCUGCUCCUGGAUACUGUCAGACAUGUCGUCCUGGGUAAAGAUGGCUUCCCUCUGGCUCUUCUGCAAACGCUCCUAAAGCUUAUCGUUCUGGUCAUCAGCACUCUGCUCCUCGUCAUCAUCAGAGUGCAGGUCAUACAGUCCCAGCUGCCCGUCUUCACCAGAUUUGAUAACCCGGCCGCUGUAAGCCCCACCCCUUCUCGACAGCUCACCUUUAACUACCUGCUCCCGGUGAACGCGUGGCUCCUCCUCUUCCCCUCGGAGCUGUGCUGUGACUGGACCAUGGGGACCAUCCCUCUGGUCGAGUCCAUCCUCGACCCUCGGAACCUGGCCACGCUGCUGUUCUACACCUCCCUGGGUCUCCUGGCUCUCCACAGCCUCCGACACCGGCACAGCUCCGCUAAAACCGUCAUCAUGGCUCUGUCCCUCAUGGUGCUGCCCUUCGUCCCGGCCUCAAACCUCUUCUUCCCCGUGGGCUUCGUGGUGGCGGAGAGGGUCCUGUACGUCCCCAGUAUGGGCUUCUGUGUCCUGGUCGCACACGGGCUCAAGAUCCUCUCACACAAAGGGAUCCUGAAAAAGUUCUCGUGGUUCCUGAUGAUUCUUAUGCUCACCACUCACGCAGCAAAGACCUUCCACAGGAACUGGGACUGGGAGUCUGAAUACACUCUGUUCACCGCUGCUCUGAAGGUGAACAAGAACAACGCCAAACUGUGGAACAACGUCGGCCACGCGCUGGAAAACCAAAACAACUACGCCAUGGCCCUGAGGUACUUCCUGCAGGCCACCAGAGUCCAGCCCGAUGACAUCGGAGCUCAUAUGAACGUGGGACGGACCUACAAGAACUUGAACCGCUCCAGAGAGGCAGAGGAGGCCUACCUGGUGGCCAAGGGGCUGAUGCCACAGGUCAUUCCUGGUAAGAAAUACGCAACCCGAGUGGCUCCAAACCACCUGAACGUUUACAUAAAUUUGGCGAAUUUGAUCCGAGCGAACGAGUCCCGUCUGGAGGAGGCAGACCAGCUGUACAGACAGGCCAUCAGUAUGAGACCGGACUUCAAGCAGGCUUACAUCAGCAGAGGUGAGCUUCUGCUGAAGAUGAACAAGCUGACGGAGGCGCGCGAUGCCUACCUCCGCGCUCUGGAUCUGGACCGAACCAACGCAGAUCUGUGGUACAACCUGGCCAUAGUCCACAUCGAGAUGAAGGAACCACAAGAGGCUCUCACCAACUUCAACCACGCUCUGGAGAUCAGCCCCAAACACAAGCUGGCUCUGUUCAACUCAGCUCUGCUCAUGCAAGAGUCCGGUGACCCAAAGUUCUGGCCUGAAGCUAACCGUCGUUUCUUGCUGUACGUGGAGGAGGAGCCGCAGGACGCCAACGGCUACUUUAACCUGGGGAUGCUAGCCAUGGACGCUAACGAAGACGAGGCUGCCGAGCGCUGGAUGAAAAAGGCAAUUCGGCUCCAACCGGGCUUCCGUAGCGCUUUGUUUAAUCUCGCUCUGCUUUACUCACAAGCCAAACGCGAGACCGACGCUUUGCCGGUUUUGGACGAGCUUUUGCGCUAUCACCCCGAUCACAUUAAAGGGCUAAUCUUGAAAGGAGAUAUUUUAAUGAACCACAAAAAGGACACUCAAGGAGCUAAAGUUUGUUUUGAAAGAAUAGUCGCGCUGGAUCCGACAAACGUGCAGGGCAAACACAAUUUGUGCGUGGUUUAUUUCGAGGAGCGCGAUUUGCCGAAAGCGGAAAGCUGUUUGGAAGAGACGUUAGCGUUAGCGCCAAACGAGGAGUACGUGAAGCGGCAUUUGAAUAUCGUGCGUAGCAAAAUGGCCGCCAUGAGUGCAGCUGGGCAGCCGUUAACUACGCCUCCGCCAUCUCCACAAGAGGGCGCCGUUCAACGAGAGGAAAUGCAACCGAGCGUCAACAAGGUGCAGAAGGAUAAGCAGCAGGAAGGGAGCGGCACUAAUGCUAACGGAAAGCAGAAGAAUAGCAGGAAGUCUAAGGAAGCUAGCAGCGCGGGGCAGAGCAGUUUGGACCAGAGCCAAUCUGACAAGCGGACUAAACCUGCAGGAAAGUCGACCAAAGAUAUAAACGACAUUGAAGAAAAACGAGCGGCGGCACUGAAAAGACUGGAGGAGAUCGAGAGGAUUCUGAGCACGGAAUGAUUUUUUUAACAAAGUGCACACUGCAAAAACACAAAUAUGAACCGUUAAAAUGACUUGAAUUUGAUUUAAAGGGAAAAUCACUAAAAGGUUUAAUUUUGUUUUGUUGGAGUAUCUGCCACCUUCUUUGAGAUGUUAUUGCUUUGCCUGGAAUGUUUCACAGUAUGGCAUUAAACCUGUGUAUUUGUAGAAACAAGUAGGUGAUGCCACUAAAUAAAGUUUUGCAAGGUGUUUUUGAGCAAUAACAAAAACCUGUAAUUAAAUAAACGCAGGACGAAUGAGCUUUAUGUCACACUGUGGAACACGUCUCCAUGGAGAUGAGCAGGUGGCAGACCCUCCGACAGAAGAGUUACACAGUGCAUCUAGUUUUGACAAGUUUUGAUUUAUCUCAAGGUAAAAUAUCCACCCAUAACGUUUUUUGGAUCAAGUUGAUUUACCAAGGGUGUGUUGGCAAUAGAUGACGCUCGGUAACAGUAUUGGGAGUACAACCAGGACUGAACUGGGACUGGACCGGGACUGAACCAGAACUAGUCCAGGACUUAACUAGGAUUAAAGCAGGACUAAACCAAGACCAAAACAAGUCUAUAUUAGGACUAAACUAAGUUCAAAUCAGGACCAAAUGUGAACACAGAGGGGUUUUUUCCAAUUUUACUUUAAAGACGCACUACAUAACUUUCCAGGUCAAGGGACCAGUCCUUGCUUGGCCCCAUAGAGAUGUUAUUGCUUUGCCUGGAAUGUUCCACAGUAUGGCAUUAAACUGAUUGAAGAAAAACAACAUUGAAAACCCUGUGUAAUGCACUGACAGAAGUUAAAUGAUUGGUAACACUAUAAAAAAAUGACACUUUAAUUAGCAGUAAUGAAGCAUAAACCAAGAUCUGUAUCAUUAAUAAAUGUUUAUUAUGAAUUAAGUCGUGGUUCAUGCUUCAUUAAAGGUCCUAUAUUACACAAAAUGGACUCUUGUGAGCUUAAAGCCAAGUUAUAAUGUUGUUACAUCCUCAAAAACAGACCUGGAGUCUGUUUGCGUUGUCUGUUUAAGGUGUAGUUAAUAUAAAGUGGCACCAAACAGCACAGCCGACAUAACAACAUUAAAAUGAAUUAGCAGUAGACCAGUCUUUUUCAGAAAUCAAGUCAUUUUAAUGUGUUUAUGUUUGCAGUGUGCUAAAUGGACUGGGGUUAACUGUAUUUUUAUUAUUUCUUUUUUUGCAUUUUUAAAACACUAAUCAUGAGCUUCAAAGGGAAAGCACAAAGCCGAGCGCGUUUGGGUGGCACUAUUUAAGUGAAUGUGACGCAGUGUAUUUAGUCUAAUAUGCAAAGACUGGCCACGAUGUUGGGUACACCUCCUCCAAUGGGUUUACACAGCUACAAGUUAUUAUUCUAUAUGUUUUUUGUGUCAGAUGCCCUCCCAUCCUCCUGUAUCCUUGUGCAUUAGACUGAGAUGGGGGCAGCUCAAACGUCUCUAGUUAAUCUGCAGAUGCUGUGGUGCGUCAGAUGCCCUCCCAAAUAAAUAUAGCGGGAGAUUGCACGAUGUUACAAAUAGAUUUUCAGGUUUUUGAAUAAUAAUUUUUGUUGAUUCUGCAUUGAAAAACAUUGGGAGGGGCCGUACCUUACACAGUGGCCAGUGGGUGUGUGUAUUGUUUCCAUUGUUUGGGGGAACCAUUCAUGUUUAUCACUGGAUUCUUUUUCUUGUAUUUUUUUUUUUUCUCGAUGCAAAGAUGUGACUCAUAACUAUGACAUUGAAAUGAUUGUAUCCAAAACAAUGGGAGGAAGUGACGUCGCCCCCUAGAGGAUUGAGCGAUAUCUGAAAAUAGCCCCUCUUCAUCAUAAAGGAUCUCGCUGUGAAACGCGUAAACAAUUUCAACCCUCUCUGUCUUCCUGAACGCGACGCAGUGGACAUUUUGAGACGAUUACUACACUACUUUGCAAUGGGGAGUCUUCCGGCAAAACAAAGCUCACACCAGAAUCUCAAAAUAUGUUUUAGUUCAGGCUGAAAAAUCUGUAGAAAUGAUCAAGUUGUGAUUAUAAUUAGAUUUGCUAUGUUUUACCUUGACAAGUAAAGAUUCACUCUGUAACAUUUUGUAGUAGUAGGGUCAAUCCCCAGCUUACAUUUCUCCUCAUGUUAUUACUAAGCCUGAAAUGUUACACAGUAUAGCAUUACGCUUGUCUGUCUUCAUGGAGAGGUCCCACUCACCAUAUAAAGAUUUUUCAAAGUUUUUGUGGGUUUUAAGUGAAAUGAAUGCUAGAUAUCAUUACAGGCGAAGCACUAUCAUCUCCAUGGAGACAAGCAGGUGUUGGACCCUCCUUUAGAAAGGUUACAUACCUGAAAUGUUGCGUAGUGUGGCAUUAAACCUGUUUAUCUUAUAUUUAUUCAAUUAUAGUAAGUGUUAAUUUGCUUAAACAUUCAUUCUUACAGUGAAUGGACUCGCCUCUCCACAGAUUUCACCUGUGAUUGGCCUGCUUAUCUCCAUUGGGAUUGAUGAGUUUAAUGCCAUACCGUGGAACAUUCUUGGCAAAGCCGUAGCAUCACCUGGAGAUGUUACACAGUGCACCUUUAGCUCAGUUUUCAUGUUUUUACAUUGCAGUGGUAUCCAUGGGUUUCAGAAUGAUGAAAAAUUGGGGCCGUUGCCAUAGCGAUUAACAAUUUGAAACUACAUACAGUACAUGUUUUGAGACGGGAAACAUCCUGAACUGUUGCAUGUAACAGGAUUCUGGGAAUAGUUGAGACUUAUCUUCGAGUUGUGAAGUUUGCACAAAUGGAUUGGUCUGAGAUCUGGAGAUGUUUUGUGGAGACAUAGCUCUCUCCUUUAUACCCAUUUGAGUCAUGAGGUUUUCAUUUUCUGACUGCAUUCACUUCAAAGUUUGAAUUUUCACAGUGAAUUUCCUCCAAAACAAUCUUAUGUUUUGCUUUUUUACUGCUAAGAUCUGGUUUUAAAACUCUCAAAAGUGUAAAAGGCCCUGUACCUGAGUUUUUUCCAUGUAUUUGGGGGAAAUGUCGUACAAGCAGCUCUUGUGUCUAAUUAGAAGCUGUUUUAUUGUUUGAUAUUCAGGAAGUGCGCCUUUGCAUGCUAGUUGUCACGAAGUUACAGGUGAGAUCUGUGGUGAAGAGAGCCCACUCACAGUAAGAAUACGUGUUUUUUUAAUUGUAUUUUUAAAACAACCCUAACAAAAUAAAUAUCCGAUGAUUAGGAAGUGUGCAUUAGCAUGCUAGCUGUUGUUUUCUGAAAGUGGAGGAAAGCACUUAUAAACUCAUCAUGGUGAAUAAUUAGGAUGUUCAGAAUCCAUAAUGUAAGUGAGGAAUAACUUUGGACCACUGUAAACUAUUUAAAAUGAACCAGUUUUCGUUUUUACGUUUUAAGACGGUAAAAAUCAGGUACAGCUCCUUUAACUCCAUAUAUUCACUCGUAUGUAUUUUGUACUUUUUGUCCGUUCAUUGAUGUGACACAAGUCGAUGCUGCACUGAUUCUCUGGAGGCGUUAAAACGGCUCUUUAGUCGCUUUAGAACUUAUUUACUGUCAACAUCUGCAGUUCCGUGUAAAAUGAUACAACCUCAAUUACGAUGGCGGCGCCCACGGCAACUUCUAUCUGGAAUGAGGUGGAUCACGAUUGACUCUUAACCAAGAAGAGACUGUAAAAUGAAACAUGUGCCAAAUACAAAACGGCACAUGUUUGUAUUUGGUGCAUGUUAUACAGCAGUAUCAAUAAAAAGUGAUUGGAAGUGAAUGGAAAUUACAUUGUUUUUGUUUUUUUUUGGUUUUUUUUUGUUUUGGGUUUUUUUUUUUUUUUUUUUGGGGGGGGUUGUUGUUUUGUUUUGUUUUUUGUGUUUUUAAAACUACAAUAUGUAACUUUCAAGCCAGUUACUAAAAUAAAUACAUGUUUGUUUGUUUUGUGGGGUUUUGUGUUUUGUUGUUGUCUUGUUUUUGGUUUGUUUUUUUGUUUUGUUUUUUUCAUUUUGGUUGUGUUUAUUGCAUUAAAACACAUACUUGGCCUGGAGGAAAUGUUCAUUGACUAUAACAUCAAACAGUAUGGCAUAAAACAUAUCUAUUUUUAUGAAGUGUUGUUUUAACUUCCAGUUUCAGUGGAAUCCUGAGUGUGACAUGCCACCUCCAGAAAGUUACAUAUUGUACCUUUUAAAAUUCUUGACAAAAUUCUCUAUAACAUUUUAUUUAUGUGAGGCCAUUUUGGGGUUUUUUCACACAUUUGUCAUUGAAAUAGUGUAUUUGGGAGAGUUUUUGUAGUGUACAAAACACUAACAAAAACAAAAAACAAUGUAAAAGUGUCACAUCAGCACAUCGUUCCACAUAACCCGACUGUGAAACCCGCUGAACCCGUGUCACAUGAUCACAUCUCCACAGUGCAAUAUUCAGAGCCGUGUUCUGACUCUUUGGACCCUGGUACGACGUGGCUUUCUGCAUUCACUUCAGAUCUGUGUUUUUUUCUGCUUUUUCUUGAGAUGUUUUGUUUUGUUAUUUAUUGUUCUGAUGCACUGUACCUUUAUGACCACUGGCAGUAUGCUCAUGUAUCCGGCUUUUAUUAAUCUUUUGGAAAAUCUUUUGUGAAAUAAAACGUUAUAAAGUCG